CGUGAGCCUCAAUAUAACUCUGAGAGAUUUAUUUAUUAGUUAGAAAGAGAUUGUGGGUGGUGUUUUUCCGGUUUGGUUUAGACACGGAUAGGGGGAAGCUCUGGAUUCUACCUUUUUCCGUCCUCCGCGACGGUUAUUUUGCCGGUUGGCUCUCAGGUUGUGCUGGACUUGGAUCUAUACAGAUUAAUAGUCUCUUUUAAGACAUGGAACAAGCCUGCAUCUGGUUAAAUUGCUACCAGUAUCGAGUUUUUUUAUUCCAGGAAGUGCCGGACUGGCGGUUUCUCGUACUUGGAGGUUUCCUUUUGGUGUCCUUUGUCAAUUGUACCAAGUGGUCCGAAUCACCUUAAUGAUCAGUACAGGAGGCGUAAUGCAAACAUUUGCUGAGAUAGGUGUUGGAUAUAUAGCGCACUUUUACAAUGCAUCAGUGAUUCUGAUUGAACAUCCAGCCUAUAAUUUUAAGAAAACGCCUUCCGGGGGUUGAGGUCUGCAAAGUCAUGAUAAGGUUGCUUUUGUAGUGUUAGACAAGCAUUUCUGAUUGAAACUCUGCAGACUGUAGGUCGUAGAUAUUAUUAUGCUAUUACUCCUGAUGGGUACCCAUUAGAAGGACAAGAGAUAUCAGUUCACAGAAGAUUCUUCAACAUCCAGUUUAGUAUAGUUGAGCUACCUGUGUUUAUGUUUCUGAACCUUUGGCUGUCUGUGCUUUGCACUUUGGAUAUAUCUAUUGGCUGGAACAUCCAUCCUACUUUGGUUCAUUGUUGGUACUGCUAUGUUUUGCCGAAUUCUUCUUUUCCUUCAAUCUGAUGCUUGGUAUUGUUGGGAAACUGUGAAUUUUGAAGAAAAUAAGGCCACAAAGCUUCUCCAUCAGAAAAAUUCUGGUUUUGUUGUCUUUGAUUUUGCUACAGAAAAUUGAUGGUGGAUUCAGCUGGACCAGAAAGGGUUUUUUUAUAAAUUUAUAGUUUUUACUAGCAAUCAGUUUGUGACAAUAAAUGUCAUAUAUCUUUGUGGGUUCUUAUACAUCUCUUGAAUAAAGAAAGAGCUGCUUUUUUUUUCAACAAGAAGAAUGGAGAGGUACAAGUUAAUCAAGGAAGUAGGUGAUGGAACAUUUGGGAGUGUUUGGCGAGCUAUUAAUAAGCAGUCUGGUGAAGUUGUUGCUAUUAAGAAAAUGAAGAAGAAAUAUUAUUCAUGGGAUGAGUGCAUUAAUCUUAGAGAAGUUAAAUCGUUGCGGAAAAUGAAUCAUCCAAAUAUUGUGAAGCUUAAGGAAGUUAUCAGAGAAAAUGACAUCUUGUAUUUUGUGUUUGAAUACAUGGAAUGCAACCUUUACCAACUUAUGAAAGAUAGAGAAAAGCUUUUCUCUGAAACUGAAAUCAGAAAUUGGUGUUUCCAAGUUUUUCAAGGCCUGGCUUAUUUGCACCAGCGGGGAUAUUUUCAUCGUGACCUUAAACCUGAGAACUUGCUUGUUUCAAAAGACAUAAUAAGGAUUGCUGAUUUUGGUCUUGCACGGGAGAUCAAUUCAAGUCCACCAUAUACGGAGUAUGUCUCAACACGGUGGUAUCGAGCCCCUGAAGUGCUUCUUCAGUCUUACCUGUAUAGUUCUAAAGUUGACAUGUGGGCUAUGGGUUCUAUCAUGGCUGAGUUGAUUACGCUCCGUCCUCUCUUUCCUGGUUCUAGUGAAGCCGAUGAAAUCUACAAAAUAUGCAGUGUUAUAGGAACUCCAACUAAGGAUUCUUGGGCUGAUGGACUUCUACUUGCAAGAGCUAUAAACUAUCAAUUCCCACAGUUAGCUGGUGUCCAUCUCUCUUCAUUAAUACCAUCGGCAAGUGAGGAUGCACUUAAUCUGAUUAGGUUGCUUUGUUCUUGGGAUCCCUGCAAGAGGCCUACUGCUGCAGAGGCCUUGCAACACCCAUUCUUCCAGAGUUGCUUUUGUGUUCCGCCAUCUCUUCGCUCCAGAGCAGCCGUCACGAGAACGCCUCCAUCUGCUGGAACAAGGGGAGUAUUGGACCAGCAAGGUGCUAGGAGGUAUUCUGGGGCAAUAUCUAAUUCAAAGCUCUUUAGUAAUUUUUCUUCUCCAAAGUUAAAUGCUUCCAUGAUUACAGGUGUGCAACGCAAGCUUGAAAUGGUUAAUCAGAAUCAGGCUGCCACUAGUAAUGAUAAAUACACAAGUAGCAUUCCUAAGCAAACAAAAUAUCGCCCAGUGCUUAGGAAGAGUCCAACCUCGAUAAACAAAGGUAGAACAGUGCGUGGAGUUUCAGAUGCAGCUGAAAAGUUGGCAAAUAUGACAAUAGGUAGCCGCAGGCAGUCUGUGGGGCAGUUGCUGAAGGCGCCUCCUAUGAAGACUGGAGUAGAGUGGAACACUGAGUCAGGAGGUGAUAUGUUUCUGAGAUCUACUCAACCACUGCAGCCGGGGAGAAGUUACACAAGGAAAGUUGCUGGCUAAAGGAGGUGUUUUUGAGAGCGGGCUUGAAUAAUGGGAUUAUGUGGAAUGUGUCGAGUACUACUAGUAUGAAUGAAUGAUGAACUGAGUGUGUUGUGGAUUUUAUGGUUCUGGGUUUAGUUCCAAAAUAUUGGCUUAUAUUUACACUCCCGUUAUUUACUCAGGUUUCUCAUGUUUCUUAAAUAUAAUAUGAUAAAAAGUGCUGUAGAUAUUAUGAAUUGGCUUUUAUAUUAUUUCCAGAGUUCAGUUUUUUAUA